AUGGCCGUAAUUCUCCGCUCAGAUCCGCUCUCUCGGAUCCAUCCGGAGCCCCAAACCCUAGAGAUCGACCACUUCGAUUACCUCCCCGACUCCAUCCUCCUACUUGUUUUCAACAAGAUCGGCGAUGUCAAGGCCCUUGGUCGCUGCUGCGUUGUUUCCAAGAGGUUCCAUUCCCUCGUUCCUCAGGUCGAGAAUGUCGUCGUUCGUGUCGAUUGCGUCAUCUCCGACGACGAAUCCUCCUCCCUUUCUUCCGAUAAGCCUCGAUCUGUCGCCGCCGGUCCCUUCUCCGCAAUCUUCCGUCUCGUUUUCGGCGGCAUUUUCAAGCCGUUACAAGCUCUGGGACAGUUCCUCGGCACGAAGCGGUCGUCUCCUUCUUCUGGAUCUUCUUCUUCCUCUUUGUCUAUUAGUGGAGGAGGAGACGACGGAGAGAUCGAACAAGGCGGCGUCACUCACCAUUCCCCUACGCAGGUUCUCAAAAACUUCGACGAGAUCCGAUUCCUCCGAAUCGAGCUUCCCAGCGGCGAAUUGGGGAUAGACGACGGAGUUUUACUCAAGUGGAGAGCUGAAUUCGGCUCCACACUCGAGAAUUGCGUGAUUCUCGGCGCCUCCUCUGUGAUCCAGGCGAAUCCGACGAAGGAUCCGAAUCCGAAUCCGCAAUCUCCGGAUACUUCCGUUGACCUUAGCCUCAGCAGUAACAACACGGUGGUGGAGGACAACGGAAGCAUACCGGAAUCGUUCUACACAAACGGAGGGCUUAAGCUUCGUGUUGUAUGGACGAUCAGCUCUUUGAUCGCUGCUUCCGCGAGGCACUACUUGCUGCAGCCAAUCAUCGCAGAGCACAAGACGCUUGACAGUCUAGUGCUCACGGAUACAGAUGGGCAAGGAGUGCUUUUCAUGAACAGAGACCAGUUAGAGGAAUUGAGGGUGAAGCCACUGUCAGCUUCUUCUGCUUCCAAGAGGACGCUUGUGCCUGCUCUCAACAUGAGGCUAUGGUACGCUCCUACUUUGGAAUUGCCAGACGGGACGGUGUUGAAGGGAGCUACACUGGUGGCGAUAAGACCCAGCGAGUCGAAGAAGGAGGUGUGUGAUGUCUCUUGGGUUUCUUCUGCGUUCGAUGAGCCUUAUGGGAUUGCUGCGAAGAUGCUGGUUAAGAGAAGGACUUACUGCCUUGAAAUGAAUUCGUUCUAA